GUUAAAUCUCCAGCCAGGAUCACUUCACACGAGAGGAGGAAAAACAGGAGAGCGUCCGGCCGCUUGAAGACAGACUGAAAUAGAUAACGGUUUAUUUUACCUUCAGCUGCUCCGUGCACACACCACAACAUGUCUUUCUGUAAAUUCUUUGGCGGUGAGGUCUACAAGGAUCAUUUCAAACCAGGUAUAUAUGUGUGCUCCAACUGUAACCAUCCACUGUUCGCCAGUCGGUCCAAGUUCGCCCACUCGUCUCCCUGGCCGGCUUUCACCGAGACCAUCAGAGAGGACAGUGUCACCAAGAUGAUGGAGACUCUCACUGCCUACAAGGUUCUGUGUGGCAAGUGUGGCAACGGGCUAGGCCACGAGUUUGUAAAUGACGGCCCAGAGGAAGGAGUCUCACGGUUUUGAAUAUUCAGUCACUCGCUCAAGUUUGUCCCCAACAAAGGUAAGGACAAGCAGUAAAGAGCGAGCUAUGACUUUCCACUCCAGCUGCUGUAUCUGCUGCUCGGUCCAGGAGCUGUGAUCAGGUCGGGUCAGUGGGUGACGUGGACGGGAGAAAGGCCUGAGAAGGACGUCCUGUCCACUGAAGAAUCUUUGACCAGCCUGUGACACAGUGACAGGACCACACCUCUGCAAUAUCUUACAUUCCUUCAAUACCUCAUAUUUAAACACACAUUAACUUAUUAUUAUGUCACUUCUAAUACAAUGUGUCAGCAGAUGGCACUUUAGCAACAAUUUAGGUUUUUCAGACACAGAAAGAUGCAACAACAUCAUCUUUUUCACUGUCACUUUAAUUUCACAUUACUGCUGGUAUCAUUUACUCCCAUUCACCUCUUUAAGGUAAAUAUAACCAUAAUAUCUAUGCACUGAAGAAGUCCACCUUCCUCGUCAGUCUGCACUCUCUGUGGCUGUUUGUAUGUUUAUUUCAAGAUUAUUCAACAGCAAUGAAACUUAACUAACUGCAUUUAUCAGCUACAUUUUUUUCAGAUUUUUCAUGUACUGUAAGCAGGUUUACUUGAACAGAUACAAACAAUAAAUGAUAGUUUAAUAGA